AGAUUAGAACAAAGAGGUGAUAAAAACAGAUCAAGUGAUAUCAAAUUUGAUCGUUAUAAUCUUUUUGAUUGGGUAUCUAGGUAAUAUUUUUAUAGAAAUUACUUUGUUUACUGUUUCCAAUACCCGGAAAAUGAGUGUAAUGUGUACGAAAAAAAAGUGUUCUUGUUUUUCUGGUUUUACGGAACGCUUAUUUAGCUGACAAUUGAAAUAUUAUUUUUUUUUUCAGUCCAUUAAGAACGAAGUAAAAUGAGUAGUAUAGAUGAUCUUUCUGUACCUGAUGACUAUCCAGCACGACCUUCAAUUGUUGUGAAAACUGAAAUUCUAAGACAUAAUUCAGUAAAGGAAAAGAAAAGGAUACACAUAACUAUUUUGCUCAGUCUCACUUAUUUUGUAUUUGGAAUUGGAGUUGGGUUGUAUGGACCUCUAUACCCAUUAAAGGCAGAUAUUUUAUUGGUCCCAUCCUACAUUUUUGGAAUAGUACUUUCCUGCAAUUAUCUAGCUGCGAUACUUUUUUAUCCAGUCGCCUCUAAAAUGGUAUCCGAUAUAACUUGUAAGCAAUCAAUAUUUACAGGUAUAUUCAUAAUUGGAUGUUGUAGAAUAUUCUUUGGGUAAGUAGAAAUAUGAUUUUUGUAGCAGAAAUCUAAAUGAUAGUAACCUUAAUGAUUUUUCAUUAAAUUGAAAAUGUUGUUGGAAGCGUUUCAUUUUUGAAAAGCAGAAGUGUAAUUUUUAGUUUACUAAGUUU